UCACUACACAACACAAAUGGCGUAAAUAUGGCGUUAUCUCGCGAUGACAAGAGAAUGUUUUCUGCACUUGGGGUUGGCAAGCUUGCCAGUGAUGAAAAUGAACUAAGCCAAGCACCAGAAGAAGAAGAAGAUUUUGAUGUUUUAAAUGAAGAAACAUUUGGCGAUUUGGGAGAUGGAGACUUUGACUGGGAAGAACAUACUCGCAUGGCCGAGGAGUUGGAAGGUUCUCUUUUUCCAUCACAUGAAGAUCAGACUAAAGAUUCUGGGUUCAUCACAAUGGACAGAGGAUACUCCACUGCCACUCAGGAAGAUGAAUUGGAGCAAUCAAUCAGUCGCCUAGUUGUUGAUGAUGGGGACAGCAAAUGUUUCACUGCAAAUGGUCAACCCAUUCCUGGGGUCCUAAGGAAAUCCCACCUGGAUGAACUCUUUGGUCCUAACUCUCCUCCAGGCUACAUGGACUUGGAAACUCUGACCUCACCAGGGAAGAACAUCUGGGGCUCCCCAUCUGGAGACAACUUGUUCCAGAAACCUGUCAACAACACCCUCCAAGCCUUGUUUGCUUCAGCCAAGCAGGCAGCGUACCGUGAUUUCCCAGGGGUCUUUCAUGAUGCUAGAUGUCCACCAGUCCCAUCAGCAGCCUUGCCUUUGCCAGCAGAAGCUCAAACUCUGGCUGAAAUAGAGCACAACAUGUUGGCCCGUGAGCAGCACAAGCCUCGGGUGCUGACCUCUGAAGAGCUGGAGAGACAGCUGAGGGGAGAGCCACCUUUUGCACUGGACCAGAAAGCUCAGUACACACUGCCAGCACACAUCCCCCCUGUUGGCACCUCUGUGGCAUUCAGGAAGCAGCCUACUCAAGCUCCCCCUUUGAUGGGCCACCUUGGCCCUAAAGUUUCUAAUGGAGAAAGCUCCCCCAUAAACAUCAUCAGACCUCACACAAGAACUAUCCCUGGAUUUCAUGAGUCUCCAAUUCUCAUGGGUCGUUCCCUGUCACCUUCACCUUCAUCCUCACAUUUUAUGCCAGGCAUCCCCCCACAGUCAGGCCUGUUGGCUCAGUCCCCCAGUGUUAUGCCCCCUUACAGCCCAAUGUUUAUGGCCAACUUGUUUGGUAAUGCAAUGUCAAGACCUCCACCUCCUGCACCCCCUCACAUCACCAAUAUUGGUUCACCCUUUGGUUCGCCCUCUGCUGUUAUUGCUCAAAGGCAACCCCUUGCACACAUGCCUUAUCAGCAAAGGACUGGCCCCUGGGAACAUGGUCAGCUAGAUGCUAGGACAGGUCAGCACUACGGAGAAAGGCGAGAUCAUUACAAUGUGACCAGGGGACCUGGUCAGCAUGCUCAUUUCCAAAGACCGCAGCAUCCAACUGGAGACUACGGCUACAGGGAGGUGGAGGACGAAUACGCUGGCUUGAUGACAAAGAAAGAGAAAGAUUGGAUCAUUAAGAUUCAGCUCAUACAACUUCAGACAGACAACCCAUAUUUAGAUGAUUAUUAUUAUACAUACUAUACGAUGAAGAAAAAAGCUGCAGACAGAGAGAAAAAUCAAGAUGUCACUGGAGACAAAUCAAACAACGAAUUAGAACUGCUUAUACCUAAUAUGGUCAAACUAGAACCUCGGACGUAUACACCAGCUCAGUUUGAAGGAUCUUUGGGGAGGCUUACAGCAGCCAGUGUCCACAACCCUCGUCAAAUUAUUGAUGUAUGUAGGAAUGCCUCGCCAACCAAUGAAAACUCUACCCAAAAGAGCGUAAGCAAAGAGCUAAGAAAAUAUCGUCAGCUCUUAAUGGACAUUGAAAAGGGUUUCAAUAUUAUCCUGGAUGUGGAUGAUAUAGAAAAAAAAGUGCUUGCUCUUCCUAGUGAAAAUAGAUUGCCCCUGUUUGAGGAGAGGUUGGAGAAAAUACAAGCUGUGUAUGAUUAUUUUAUGCAAGAUGACAGUCUGAAGAAUUUUUUGCCCACACUAGGUGUAAGGAAAGGUCGCAAGCUUUUAGCGCGACUCAUGCCUCUACUAGACAAGGUCCAGUGGCUGUCUAUUGUCACAGUGUUCUUGUCCCAUUUGCCAAUAUUGAUAAAAAAAGAUCAAGAUGAAGAAGGUCUGCAAGUGUUGAUGCCCCCUCUGUCCAGGUACUUGAGCCAAUGUGAUCUGGAAUGUUUGGUCCACUUUGCCACCAUCUUACAGAAACAUCCCAAACAAAAUGAAGAAGGUCUUUUACUACUGCUACACAACUCUUUCGGCAUCUCUUUACUGUGUUGUUUAAUCAAGGCAGGAGAAGAUUACUUUAAAAACACUUCCCCAAUAGACAUUGAUAACCAGUUGAAGACACAAUGGACACAGUUCAUUGAGGAGUUUGUGGUCAGCUUGGAGACUGUCCCCACAGAGGAGCUGGCCUGGCCUGACAUGCACCAGCCACAGGUGGGCGAGCAUGUGGACAGGUUCAUCAACAACAAGCUGAUUGGCUCCGUGGAAGAUAAGCUGGCCCACUUCUCCAAGCCCAGACCCAAACACAUGUUACACCAGGAGGUCAAAGUUGAAUCAUGACGUAGGUGCUAGCCUGGCUUGUCUGGUUUCAUGUCCUGUGCUGUUAGAGUAACGGUUACCUAAUGAUGUCCUGUGGUGUUAAAGUAAUGAUUACCAAAUGAUGGAUGCAAUUUUUUCUCUCAUUACUUACAAGAAAAGCUUGUUUUUUUUUAUUUAUUGAACCUACUGUAUGGACCAUACACAUGGUAGUAUGUGCUGGGACUGCUUUGUUUGAUACAUUCUUACACCAGUUGUUGAGAUUAUUACUAAACAAAUCUUGCUUUGCUAAAACCAUACAUUUUUUUAUAAUAGACAAAUCACCUUACCAUGGAGGAGCAUGGGUGGUCAACAUUGUUUUUUACAUUGUAUUACUCUAGUGUGUGUUAGUUUAUCAUGUUCAGCCAGUCCCUGCCAACUGUCAGCCCAUUCCUGCCAGAUGCCUGCAGUCAGCCUGUCACAGGCCAGUAUUCAGCCAUCCCUGCCAGCACCCACGCACCUGUCAGUGGUCUCUGUCAGUGGUCAGCCCAUCCCUGCCAGCACCCACACACCUGUCAGUGGUCAGCC